CGGAGCGCGCGGUCGUGGAUUUGCAGACGCGCGUCUCGCGGCGCGCCUACCCUGGCAGCGGCAGGCAACCCGCGCAGCGCACAGUAGCAGGUGAGCCGCCGGUCGGCGGAGUGCCCACCGCGGCGGGCGGCAGGUGUCUCCAAGGAAACCACGACCGCCGAACAGUGCCCGCGCAAGAUCCUCUAUGAGCCGCCGAAAGACUUCGUGGAGAAACGUACCGCUGAACGCGCUAUUCUAAAACGGUACACCAGAGAAGGAAUGUGAGCCCAGGCGAGAUGCUGCUGCAGAUUAUGGUGUGCUGCCUACUGCAGGGACACUCCGAGACGCGCGACAUGUCGCUGCCGGCGAGCUUCUGGCACGAGCUGUCGCCGGGUCCGGGCGCCACGGAGCCGUCCUACGACGACGGGUCCCUGCUGACACUGAGCUCGACGCCCAGCGAGCCGCCGCCGCCCUUCUUCGAGCCGCCCGACGUCAACUGCACCGCCGUCACUGCACAGCUCGGCGCCGAGGUCUUCCUGCCCUGCAGAGUCCGCGGUUUGCGUCCCGGCCUUACCGUGUCGUGGAUGCGGCGCGAGGAGGGCGGCGGCCUGCAGCUGCUGACGUUCGGGCCGCACACGUACAGCGCGGACGAGCGCUACGAGCUGAGCUACGAGCCGCGGCAGGGCGACUGGCGGCUGCGCAUCCGCGCGGCGGCCGAGCGCGACCAGGGCGACUACGAGUGCCAGGUGUCUGCGCACCCGCCCGCCGUCUUCCGCGUCCGCCUCACCGUCGUCGUUCCCCGGGUUGAGAUAGUGGACGAGCGGGGCGACCCGGCGGUGCAGGACCGCUUCUACAAGGAGGGCAGCACCAUCGAGCUCAAGUGCGUGGUGAGCCAGGCGCCGGCGGCGCAGCAGCACGCGGGCUACAUCACCUGGCGGCACGGCGCGCGCCUCCUCAACUACGACACGUCCCGCGGCGGCAUCAGCGUGAAGACGGACAUGGGACCCGGCAUGGCGACCAGCCGGCUGUACAUCGCCAACGCGAACCGCCGCGACUCCGGCAACUACACGUGCGCCCUGGCGGCCGUCGCCAGCACCACCGUUUUCGUCUACGUCAUCAGUGGCGAGACGCCUGCGGCGAUGCAGCACGGCGGGGCAGCCGGCUGGUGGUCACGUGGCCCCGGUGUGGCCGGCGCGCUGUGGCGGCUGCUGGCCGCGUGUCUGCUGCCGCGGCUGCUGCUGCCGCUGCCGCUGCCGAUGACCUCCAGGUGACGUCACUAGCCACCGGCCAGCCACGGCGUGAAGGGCCAGGCGGUGCCGCCGGGCGCGCAACCACCGACGGGUGCGACGGGGCGGUAUGGGUGGGCUCAGACGAGAGACUGUGACCACGGACAGUACUUCGCAAGUGGUGAGAGAAGGAAAUAGUUGAGGUGAUGUGAGCACACAUAUGCAUAAAUAUAUAUGACAAUGUCGUUUUUGAAGUAUAGAGAUAAUUCUAUUUCAACAUGUACUAUAUUUAUAAUGUGAUGUUUGUAGAAAAUAAAGAAAAAUGUAUUUCA